CCAGCUUUCGACUUCCUGACUCGGGAUCCUUCUUGGAAAUUUGGCUGUUCUGCUUCUCCUGUUUCCCAUGAGUCAUAAGUCUCUUAUACGCACAAAUACCCCGUACAACUCGUCGGACUUGCUAGCUAUCUUGACCUAGUUCCUAUAGCAAUCCUUCUUUCUUCUUUGUGCGUUGCUAUACUCGUAGCUCGAGGUCUCUUCUCUUCUUUUAUCCUCUCUCUCUCUCUCUCUCUCUCACGUGUCUGUCUCUUUGAAGCUUGACUACGUAUACCAAGUACUUCUUGUCUUUGUUAGCUCCUGUUUUCCCUCGGUAAUAUACUACUUACUCCAUAGCACGUUGGUGACGGCCAUCACAUGUGGCUAUCCUUCCAGAGCGCUCUAUAGUGUUUCGACCAAUAUCAACAACGCAGUCACGAACGGAAGCAUAUAUCAGAAUAUACUACCUGGGCGCAAGCCCUGGACAGAUAAAACAUAAUGGCGACAAAAGUAGGAGGAAAGGAUGGCAAGUCGUCGCCAACCGCAGCGAUAAAUUUAAUCGCUGGAGGUGGAGCAGGCAUGAUGGAGGCUCUCGUGUGCCAUCCUCUCGACACGAUAAAAGUACGAAUGCAGCUCUCGCGCCGAGCCCGACAACCCGGCGCGUCCAAGCGGGGGUUCAUCAGGACGGGGGCGGAGAUCGUCCGGCGGGAGACGCCGCUGGGGCUGUACAAGGGGCUGGGGGCGGUGCUGACGGGGAUCGUGCCCAAGAUGGCGAUCCGGUUCACGUCAUUCGAGGCGUACAAGCAGAUGCUGGCGGACUCGGAGUCGCACACGGUGUCCGGGCGAUGCACCUUCAUCGCGGGCCUCGCGGCGGGCGUGACGGAGGCCGUCGCCGUCGUCACCCCCAUGGAGGUCGUCAAGAUCCGCCUGCAGGCCCAGCACCACAGCAUGGCCGACCCGCUCGACGUGCCCAAGUACCGCAACGCCGCGCACGCGCUGUACACCGUCGUGCGCGAGGAGGGGAUCAGCGCGCUGUACCGCGGCGUGAGCCUGACGGCCCUGCGCCAGGGCACCAACCAGGCCGUCAACUUCACCGCGUACACGUAUUUCCGGGAGGUGCUGCUGCGGUGGCAGGAGAAGAAGAAGGAGGUGCAAGCGCCGGGAGGCGGGAACGGAGACGGGGGAGCCGCUUCGCUGCCGAGCUGGCAGACUACGCUUAUCGGGCUGGUGAGCGGCGCUAUGGGCCCGUUGAGUAAUGCGCCGAUCGACACGAUCAAGACGCGGUUGCAGAAGACGCCGGCCGAGGAGGGGGUUUCGGCGUUCAAGAGGAUUAGCUUGAUUGCGAUGGAUAUGUUUAAACAAGAAGGCUUCCACGCGUUCUACAAGGGCAUCACGCCGAGGAUAAUGCGUGUUGCGCCGGGCCAGGCUGUAACGUUUACCGUGUACGAAUUCUUAAAGGAUAAGUUGGAGGAGAGCGGACCGAGUCUGUUGUCGGGAAGUAGAUACGAAGAAUAGGAGAGGAUGUAUGUAUACCUGUCUUGGCGAGUAGGAUCAUCUAGGUUACUGUGUGCGAUAUUGUAGUAGCAUGGCUACUAUGGAGGGGAGAUCUCGCGUUGGCCAUUUGGAAUUUUAAUCGUGUUGGUGUCAUAUUUAUA